AUGACAACUGCUAUAUCUUUCACAGAGGCCAAUAGCGGACUGCAAGUAGGGACUACCUCCGCUCCGAUAACCGUCCAGUUUACAGGAGAGCGUCCUGAAACACCCCCAGAGCCGUGUUCAAAUGUCCCAUUUUCUCGAGAUCGGGAUUUUAUUGAACGUGGAAACUUGCUUGAUGAUAUUCAUGAGAGAUGCUCUGUAGAGAAUUCCAGGUUGGCUCUAGUUGGGAUGGGUGGAGUCGGGAAAUCUCAACUUGCUGUUGAAUACUGCUAUCGUGCUCGCGAGAAAUCACCCCAAACAUGGGUAUUCUGGGUCCACUCAAGCAACGCUGCACGGUUCGAACAAGGCUAUGAUCGAAUAGCGAAUCAAGCGAAGAUACCAGGUCGCCAAAGUUCUGGUACGGUUCUGCUGAAGUCAGUACUGAACUGGUUUCAGGAUACAAGAAGAAAAUGGAUUCUUGUUCUUGAUAAUGUUGAUGACAACGGAUUCCUCUAUGAGCCACGAUAUUUUGACAAAGAUGAAGGAGGAGCAAGAAUGUCACUCUUUGAUUUCUUACCUCGUAGUGUCAACGGCUCAAUAAUCAUGACAACUCGGAGCAAAAAGGUUGCUCAGAGAUUUGUAGAGGACAGGGAUCUUAUUCAAAUCGACCCCAUGAGUCACGCCAACGCACAGGGGCUCCUGAAGGCAAAGUUGGGUGACCAAGUCAAAGCGGAUAACAAUGAUGAUGUGGCUAAGCUUGCAGAACUAUUGGAAUGCUUGCCACUCGCUAUUGUCCAGGCAGCUGCAUAUAUCAAACGACAAGCACCUCUAUGCUCAGUCAACCAAUACAUAGAGGAAUUCGAGAAAAGCGACAGCCAAAGAUUCAAGCUGCUUGAGUAUGAAGCGGGACAUCCUCGUCGACACUGGGAAGCAAGCAACUCAGUUCUGAUAACCUGGCAGCUCUCAAUUGACCAAAUCAGAGCCAAUAAUCCCUCAGCAGCGGAUCUCCUCUCCCUGAUGAGCUUUUUUGACAGACAUGCAAUUCCAGGGUCAUUGCUUCAUAUCACUGCCGAGGCUCAAUUUCAAGUACCAGCAAUCGUUGCGCAGAGCGUAAAAGAGUCAAAAAUUGAGAGCUCGCAUUCUAGUGAGCGUUUCAGCAUCCAUUGCUUCAAAAAGAAGGUGUCGAAUCGACUCCAUAAACUUCGGUCAACGCCUCGACAAACCAGUGUUAGCUCAAACAAUGUUGAUCCUGUAACACUGCCAAAUGAGAAACCCCAACCAAAGUCGCCUUGCUCAGAAGUGUAUAAUUUCCAACAUGACAUCUCAAUAUUGAGGGACUACUCUUUCGUAUCUGUCGGUCGGGAUCCUACACUCUUUGAAAUGCAUCGCCUGGUGCAGCUUGCGACACGAAAAUGGCUUGAAGCCAAUGGGAUGACAGAUAAAUGGCGCCAAGAAUUCAUCGGACGUCUUUACAAGGUACUCGAUGAUGAUGAAGAGACUAAACAGCAUCGCAUGCUGUGUCAAUCUCUUCUUCCGCAUGUUGAAUUAGCCAUGUCGCAACGACCUUCAGUCAAUGAGCUGCUCUCUCGUUGGGCUGAACUCCUUGCUUUAGGAGCAAUGCAUGCGCAGUCCAUAGGGAAUUUGUGGAUUAUGCUUUCCUUGACUACCACUGCAACUAAUGCAAUGAGGCAAUUAUAUGGCGCUGAUAGUGAAGAUACCAUGGCAGUCACUCUCCUUUCUGGGACAGCACAUCUCCAGCUUGGUCAUUAUACUGAGGCAGAGGCUUUGUUUCAAGAAGUGCUGAACACUAGUGAAAGCACAAUAGGUCCCCAAAACCCGUUGAGACUAUCAGCCAUUCAUGAUCUAGCCUGUGUCUACCAGUGGCAGGGUCGAUUAAAAGAGGCGGAGACUGAAGGGUUGAAGGUGAUCGAGCUUCGGAAAAAGAUACUGGGAGUUGAGAAUCCUAUCACUCUGCUCAGUAUGGGUAACUUGGCGCUGGUCUAUCAGCUCCAGGGGCGCUGGAAAGAAGCUCGGAUGCUGGGAGAGGAGGUCCUCCAAGUGAGAAAACGUAUUCUCGGUGAAGAGCACACAGACACCAUUGCUGCGAUGUCUUUAUUGGUCAUGACAUACCAAAGCGAGGGUCGCUUCUCGGAAGCGCAAGAAUUAGCCCAGAACGCUGUUGAUGUUUACAAACGAACAGUCGGCGUUGAACAUCCUAACUAUAUAACAGCCAUGAAUAAUCUUUGCGUCAUAUACUGCUCAGAAGGCCGCGACGCAGAGGCGCAGACACUCCUGAAUGAACUCUUGAUCACAAGCACAAAGACCCUUGGUCCGGAGCAUCCUGUGACUCUUACAACCACUGAUAAUCUAGCACAUUCCCACUCUCGUCUGAACAACUGGAAAGAAGCAAUCCGCCUCAUGGAAAACACCAUGCUCGUACGAAGGAAGAUUAUGGGCUUAGAGCACUAUGACACCCUGAAGGCUAUGGGCAAUCUCUCAGUAUUAUAUGGAGAUCAUGAGCAAUUUUCGAAGGCGGAGUCUUUGUUUCUGGAGACAUUCGAGGCGAAAAAGAAAGUCCUAGGCCCUGAGCAUCCGCAAACAUUGAUUACCAUGUAUAACCUGGCACGGUUCUGGAAGGAUGCAGGGCGGAAACCCGAGGCCAUCAAUCUUCUGAAUGAAUGUGUGGUUAUUCAGGAGCGCGUCCUACCAAAAGAUCACUUUCUUGUCCCGAGAUUCACACAGCAAUUGGACAGCUGGCUCAAUGAGAGUGACAUCGUGGAUUCGGCACGAGAGGGUCGCUAUGAGGAUGUUGAGCGGUUAUUAGAUGAAGGUGCAGAUCCAACUCAUCGAAAUGCCAGUUGGGGUCGAACAGCACUCUCGCAAGCUGCGGAAUAUGACCAAACAUCCGUCGUCACACUCUUGUUAGAGCGGAAAGUCGAUCCUAACAUAACGGACGUGAAUGGCAGCAAUACUACUCAGAAUAAUACCGAUAAAACACCACUUAUGUGGGCUUCUAUGCGCGGACAUACAGAGACAUGUCGAGUUCUGCUUGAACAUGGAGCCGAUCCAAAUUUUGAGGGAAAGGAUGGAGAAACAUCGCUCAUAUGGGCAGCAGCGAAUGAUCACAAAGAGGUAGUCCAACUUCUUCUCUCCAAAGGUGCUGCCAUCAAUCAUCAGGGUGAUCAAGGCAGAACGCCAUUAAGUCGAGCUGCAGCCAACGGUCACUUGGCAGUGGUGGAAUUCUUACUCGAGAAUGGAGCUUCGAAUAUACCAGACAAUAAUGGAAAGGAUAUUGCUGCUUUGGCCUCGGAUGCAGGGCAUCAUGAUAUUGUCGAGAAACUUUCACUUGCAGAAUGA